AUGGCGUCGGUAACCACCAGCGCAGCCGCCGCCGGGCCACGCCCCGACCGGCCGCAUGUCGUUUUCAUCAAUCAAAGAGUAAAAGCUGGCGAGCGCCUCGUGGCGGAGUGGCUGGAUCGGCAGCCGACGGGAUCCGUGGUGUACGUUUCCUUCGGGAGCGCCGGCACGCUGUCCGUGGAGCAGACGGCGGAGCUCGCCGCCGGGCUGGAGGACAGCGGGCACAGGUUCCUCUGGAUCGUGCGCAUGCCAAGCCUGGAGGGCGAGCACUCCGACGGCAUGGGUCGGAAAUCCCGUGGCGGUGGUGACGAGAACGAUCCCUUGGCUUGGCUUCCAGAGGGGUUCUUGGAGAGGACCCGGGGGCGUGGCCUCGCCGUGGCGUCGUGGGCGCCGCAGGUGCGCGUGCUGUCCCACCCGGCGACGGCCGCCUUCGUGUCCCACUGCGGGUGGAACUCGACGCUGGAGAGCCGUCUUGUCCGGCGUGCCGAUGGUGGCGUGGCCGCUGUACGCGGAGCAGCGGAUGAACGCCGUGGUCCUGUCGGAGAACGUGGGCGUGGCAUUGCGGCUGCGCGUCCGCACGGACGACGGGCUGGUUGGGCGCGAGCAGAUCGCGGCGGCGGUGAGGGAGCUGAUGGAGGGGGAGGAUGGGCGCGCCGUGCGGCGCCGGACGGGGGACCUGCAGCAAGCGGCGGACCUGGCGUGCGCGCCGGAUGGAUCGUCGCGCCGGACGUUGGACGAGGUCGUCGGCAGGUGGACGGCGGGUAUGCCAUUGUUUAUGAAUUAUUUGGGCUCCUACAUAAUCUUCUUAAAUCUAGAUCUCGUUGA